AUGGUGGUGUUGGUGGAGGUGUGUGCAGGGGUGUUUGUCGGCGAUUUUGGUGCCCUACAAGCGCAUGAGAGCCUGAAGGAACUCGAGAUCAACGCCGUCAUCAGCGUCCUCGUGGAGGACACAAAGCCGUAUCUACCAGACUGCGUGCGAAGGUUCAAGCAGGUGCCCAUCACGGACGAGGAGACAUCUGACUUGCUCAGCUUCCUUCCAGGAUGCAUGCAGUUCAUCGAUGAUUCCCUCGGCAUCGGUGGCAGCGUUCUCAUCCACUGCCAAGCAGGCAUGUCCAGGAGCGUGGCAGUGGCGUUGGCUUACAUAAUGUAUUCACGGCAAGAGGCACCGGGGUCAGCUUUCCGGUCCCUGAAGAAAGUUCACAGAGAAGCAAGACCAAAUGAUGGGUUUGUGAAGCAGCUCAAGCUGUUUGCUGCCAUGGGUAACAAAAUUGAUGACGACCAUCCAGAGUACAGAUUACACCGCCUCCACAACCUUGCUGACGAGCGAGCAUGGGGACAAGAGAUCCAGCCGUCCGCGCUUGCCGCAGACCCCAUCACUGUUCCCUUGACGCAGGGCGACGUGCCCGUCAGAUGUCGAAAGUGCAGGCGCGUUGUGUUCCAUGGCCGCAAUCUUCUUGAGCACACCCCUGGCGAGGGGCAAAUCUCCUUCCGCUACCGCCGCCGCGACAUGCACGCGCAACAAGACCUGUGUUCGUCAGUGUUUGCAGAGCCAAUGGCGUGGAUGAACGAGGUUGUGGACGGCGUCGUCGAGGGCAAGAUUACAUGUCCAAAGUGCCAAUAUCGGCUUGGAUCCUUCAACUGGAGCGGGGCGCAGUGUUCGUGCGGUGCGUGGAUUACGCCCGCGUUUCAGGUGCACAAGAACCGGGUGGAUAUUGGGAUUGCCGCGCCAGCAGCAAUGCACUUUUCAAAACCAGUCCCAAUUCCAGACAGGGGACCGCCAGCCUCAUGA